UCUGAGGAGUGAAAGUGUGUCCCUUCUGCAAUUGGCUGCGAGUCUAAAUGUUUCAUUAUGCGUCUCAUUGUUCCUUUGUUGGGACGGGGGUAUAAAUGCACCCCUGUAGAGCUGCAGGAGGACAGACCGCUGACGAGGACCAGACAUAGCACAUCUCCUGCCUUCGCCUGCUGUAUCUAGCUAUCUACUGAGCUCUCACAGAAGUACGAGUGAGAGAGCAUUGGCCCUCAGCGAGCGGUAGGGGGAAAAAAAAGAGUGAAACAUUUUUCAAUAACCUUUAACCAAAGGCUUUGGCUCUAACCUCAGCUGCUUUGGGGAUUUAGUUGUCUUUUCUACUUUCGUGUAUAACGUUUAUUUUUUUACUUAUUCAACGGCUGAGAUGGAUUCUGACGCUGGCUCCAACUCCAGCCGCUCCUCAUCUCCAGACCUGGUGGUGGAUGACUCCAUGGGUAGCUUCUUCUCCAACAAGAUGUUUCAGGCCUACUGCCAGGAGGAGGGGGCAGCCAGGGCUGCUGGCCAGGGCAGGGCUGACCGCUGUGCUGGGGGAGGCAAGAGCAAGACCCAGGCUGACCUCAAAGAGGGUGACGAUGUGCAAGACCUUAGGCUGAAGGUGAAUGGCAGAGAGAGGAAGAGGAUGCAUGACCUGAACCAGGCAUUAGAUGGCCUGAGAGAGGUCAUGCCCUACGCUCAGGGGCCCUCUGUUCGCAAGCUCUCAAAGAUCUCCACCCUGCUGCUGGCCCGUAACUAUAUCCUCAUGUUGUCCAGCUCUCUGGAGGAGAUGAAAAAGCUUGUUGGGGAUGUGUACGGAGGCAGUGGUGCCCAGAGUCGCACCAGCCACCCCCGGAUCACCCUUCCGGCCCCCACAGCCCAUCUCCCACUGCACCCCUUGGCCCAGAACCUGCACUCCCUGGUUGGCAGCACGGCCUCAGCUCUCCACCACCCCUCGCCUCCCCCUGCUCCAGCCCCACACUCACCGCCCUCUGCAAGCUACAUGGGCUUCCACCAUGCACCGGUACAGAGCCUGCUGAAGGACCCUCUCCACCUAGCCAGCUCCUACAGGCACUUCCCUGGAAUGCCCUGUCCCUGCUCGCUCUGCCAGCCUCUACCAACCACCACAUCCACCCUGCACAGCUUUUCCAUGGGCAAGUGAGCAGGCAACACUCAGGACUGAAGUUGAGGCCCAACCCAGGACAAAGUAGCUCACUGCCAGUGGACUGAGAAAAAUUGUUGGUUUAACUGUAAAAAAAAACCACUGGUAGCCUCAGGACCUGUACAUAUUUUGUAUAUAGUGUAUCUUUUAUUGAGUAUGCCGCUGCUAUUUUUCCAAUUGACAUGCCUUGUUUAUAUUGAAAGGAUUUAAAAUGCACACAGGGACCAUUUCAUACUGUUGUUCUUUGAACUAACAGCAAGAAUAGCUGCUAUGGCUAUUCAAUAUCAGUGUUACUGAAACAAAUGACAAAGAUGGAAAGUACUGUGUCCUUCUG